GCUUGUGAUUGGUCGAAUCUGUGCAGGCGCUUCUUAUAUUACGAAAGUAAACUGUGAGGGAAGUAUAGCACAUUCGUCUUUUUUGGUUCAACCUCUACAGUCACACAGUCGUUGGCAUCGUUGCCUAACAGGAGCUAGCGGGUUUAAAAACAUGGCUACUCCCACCGGGACAUUGGCUGACACAUGAGGGCACACAGAGGAGUGGCAUGACAUCAGUAGUACGACCUUAACCCAUGCGGGACUCCUGACACUGGUGGGAAAAUAACAUCGGCAUAAUGGAGAUCAACACCACCAAUGCCAGCCUCUUUCCACAUGGUGAUGGAAACCCUUUGGAUCCCACCGCUCCAUCAUCUCGAAUAUCCAUCGACAAGUUACUCCCGGCUCUCUUGAAGUGCUUUGGCAUCAUCCUGUGUGGCUACGUAGCCGGCCGAGCCCGCAUCAUCACAUCUAGUCAGGCCAAAGGGUUAGGCAACUUUGUGUCCAAGUUUGCUCUACCAGCUCUCCUGUUUAAAAAUAUGGUGGUGCUAGACUUUAGUAACGUCAUCUGGCCCUUCAUUUGGAGCAUCCUCAUAGCCAAAGCAUCGGUGUUUGCCAUCGUUUGUCUCCUGACACUGAUUGUUUCCAGUCCUGAAAGUCGCUACAGCAAAGCUGGACUCUACUCUAUAUUUGCCACCCAAAGCAAUGACUUUGCUCUGGGCUAUCCAAUUGUGAAAGCCCUAUAUGAACGCACGCAUCCAGAGUAUCUCCAAUACAUCUACCUGGUGGCACCUGUGUCGCUGAUGCUGCUCAAUCCAAUUGGCUUUGCCCUUUGUGAGGUCCAGAAAUGGAAGGAUCAGAGAGACCACCAGCAGGGCAAAUUUCUUGUUGCGUUACACGUGGUCCUCCACGUCUUCAAGAAUCCUAUUGUUUUCAUGGUCAUCAUUGGCAUCACAGCCAAUUUCAUCCUGUGUCAGAAGAUACCUUCUUUCAUGGAAGACUUUGUGGAUGGUUUGGCCAACUCUUUUGGAGGAGCCGCUUUGUUUUAUUUGGGUCUUUCCAUGGUGGGACAACUGAAUAAAUUAACCAGGGCCACAGUUGUGACACUGAUAAUACUCUUGACUGCAAAAUUGUUUCUAAUGCCUCUGAUUUGUAAAGACAUGGUGGAUGUUUUGGACAAGGCCAGCUUUUCGAACCACUCGAGCCUCUCCAACUAUGCCUUUCUAUAUGGAGUUUUCCCAACGGCACCCAGUGUCGCUAUUUACGCCGCAUUUUACAACGCACAGCUGGAAGUGGUUAUUUCUGGAAUGGUGAUCAGCACUUUGCUCUCAGCUCCAAUCAUGUUCACCUCCGCUUGGCUGCUCACCCUGCGCCGGAUGGAUCCUCGGCUUCUGAUGAACGCGUUGCAGGGUGUCAGCUUUGAUAUAAGCAUUGUCAGUUUAGUAGCAGUGUUGUGGACCAUUGCAGUCAUGUUUUUUAGUAAAAAGUUCAAGAGGCUGCCUCACAUGUUUUCAACCAACCUUUUCUUUGCACAGCUCCUUACUUGUUUUGGAAUGAUCCUGUGGAAAUUUGUGGCUAGAAGGGACAACUUUAUUGUUCAGAUCUUGUGUUUUGCAAUACUUUGCACAUCACUCUACUGCACUUACAUCUGGCCAGGCUUAAUUGCACUCGCUCUUGUUCUACUGAGAAGGUUUGACCAUCUGAUGGCAUCUUCUGGCAUGUUUGUCAUUGCAGGCUGGGGGAUCCCAGCAUUCAUAACUGCAGUGUUGCUUAUAUGUGGGGAAAAACUACCUGACACCAUAGACUCGUCACUAUUUUACAGCAAACCGCAGAUCAUCUGCAGCACAUUUGUGUUGGGCUUAAGUGUAUUACUAUUAGGGGGUUCCCUGGUGAUUCUCAGUCGAGGAAGCUGGACCCAAAAAGAAAGAAGUAGGGGGGGAAACACCUCUGUGGAAGACCUUGAAACUGAACAAGAUGAUGACCCUUUGUUGGUACCGGAAGUGCAUUUGCCAGAUGUCAAAAGAGGGUGUCUCAGGUCUGAUUGUGCACCAACCCAGUCCAUGCCUGACAUGAUCAUCAGCACUAAUAUGGUCCACACAGCAACCACACCGACAGGUCAAAAUGAGAAUGUCAGUGAUUCGACAAUUUGCCUUGUGUUCAGAGUUGAGGAGCUCCAUCAGGAUGAAGAUAGACACGUGGCCCGUCAUGUGCUCUUUUGUCUGCUUCUGACUGUCUGCUUGCUGGCCAAUUUGUCCAGCUGCCUGUGGCUGCUCUUUUACCGAGAUCCGGGUACACUUUACGUGGAGCUGCAGUUCUUUUGUGCAGUUGCCAACUAUGGACAGGGUCUUAUCUCCUUUGUGCUGUUUGGCCUGGACAAACAUUCGGUUAUAUUACCGAUUUGGAAGAGGCUACACAGACUGUGGUAUGGAAAGAAGGAAGAAGAGCAACCGCAAAGUAAUAUCACUGAGGACAUCAGAAUGACCUGCGCAAACUUCAUCGAACACCAUAGAGAUCAGUGUUUCAACGACAUUGUCAAGAAGAGAAGAUGUGGAAUGAGAACAAUGGUCGACUGCUUCCUUGGCUGUGAACUUGUGGAGUGGCUGCAGCAGGUGGGCUUGGCUGAAGAUCAAUGUGCGGCCAUACACUAUGGCACGUGCCUGCAGCGGGGCGGCGUACUUCAGCACAUUGAGCAGGAAUGUGUCUUUCAAGAUGCAAUGAUUUAUUACUCCUUUGUAACCUAAGCCAUCACCCAGUGAGCACUUUAACUUAAGGAAUAUAUGACGAUGGUUAAUGCCAAUGCUUCAUAUCAUGCAUGAAACUGCUUAACCAAAGGCUCAUUUUCAAGGUUUCAACAGAGCUACAUUAACUAUAGUUGUUUAGCACUGGGAGGGGCUAAAUCUGACUCCAUUUGUGGGACAAUGCAACAUUAAAGCUGUGUCACAUGUGAAUGUAGCCACAACAACUGUUUUUACACAAAGAAUUCCGCCCGAAAGGCCCAACAUCACAACAGUCUAGAGAAGCACCUUCCUCAAAUUAGAUGUGAGUUGUCAUCGGCUUGUCUCUGUUUUUGUCAAUGAUGCAAUCGAGCUAAAAGCCAUUGGUUAAGGUAGUCAUGUCGGAGACAGUUAUGUGAUUGCAGUUUAAGAUUUGACUACUAAUUGGUUGGAAGAAAGGUCACAGACAAGGUAUUUUAUUUCCUACCAUAUGUAUUGAAAAUGAACCAGCCAUCUAACGCCAAUUGAAGCAAUGUUCAAAAUCAAAAAAUGAACCUACAAGUAUUUUUAUAGAUUGUACUUUCACCCUUUUCACUUUAAUGCAAGUCAGUACAAGUGUUUCAUAUCUGUAUUGUUUGCUGCCAGUAUUUGAGAAAAUAUGCAAAUAGAGGUUUUCUAUUUCUAUACCUCGCCACCAAAGGGAAGAUGGAGUUGUUAAACUUGUUUGUAGCGCAAAUGCUAUUGCCAUUGUGGAGAAUAUUCUUAAUAAUACUUAAAAUAAAAAGGACAGGGAAAUAAAAAGGACAGGGAAAUGUAUAUGUGAAAUGUAUUUUCGCUCAGGUAAAUCUGCAAGCUUAGUAUUGUUUGGACUUUAAAUGUUAACUGAAGGGUUUAUGAAUAUUAUGUACAUUUUGUUUAUGAAAUGUGUUGAAUAAAGCUCCAAAGACUUCA